AUGGCCCAGCACAAAUAUCAUCGGCUUAACAGAGCCGAAGACCAGUCCAUGCUUGGCUCGGUUGAAAUUCAUUACCCCAAGGAACUGGGAGAUGACGAAUUCGUCCCGGGCCCCAAAGCUCGAUCUCUCGCCAUUAAGCGACUGAUUGCUGCCAUUGUCAUCGUACUUGUCAUCGGCUUGUCCAUCUCGAAGCCGCUCGCAUUCUGGUGUCACAAAUCUCGACAUGGGCCUCUAACAUACGAGGAACGGGCUCAAAAGAUCUUGAAAGAAACUCCCCUGAUUGACGGACAUAAUGACUUGCCCAUCCUUGUUCGAUUUCUAUACAAUAACCACAUUGAUGGCAAGAACUUCACCGAGCCCUUCGAAAAUGGAGGCAUGUAUGGCCAGGUUGACCUGCCUCGACUGAAGGAGGGUCUCAAUGGCGGUGCUUUUUGGAGCGUUUUUACACCCUGUCCCGCUGAUGGGAGUAAUUUCUCUGAUGAUAACUACGCCCCUAGUAUUCAGAUGACACUGCAGCAAAUUGACCUCAUGACGAGGAUCAAAGAUGCCUACCCAAAUGUCUUCUCCCCCACAGUCAACAGCAGCACGGCACUAAAGGCGUUCAAGGACGGCCAGCUCAUCUCACCACUAGGCGUUGAAGGCCUGCACCAGAUCGGCAACUCCGCCGCCAACCUGCGCACGUACUAUAACCUCGGUGUGCGCUACUCGACACUCACCCACAACUGUCAUAACAAAUUUGCCGAUGCUGCUAUCCUGGAGAAUCCUCUUCGCAAGGCCGAGCCUCACUGGCACGGCGUCAGCCGUCUCGGCCGCCGUCUCGUCAACGAGAUGAACCGCCUCGGCAUGUUUGUCGACCUGUCGCACGUCAGCGAGGACACCAUGGUCGACGUUCUCGGUGGGAAUGAGACCUGGACCGGCAGCAAGGCGCCAGUCAUUUUCUCUCACAGCUCGGCAUACAGCGUCUGUCCCCACCCUCGUAACGUCAAGGACCAUGUCUUGCACCUAGUGAAAGAACGCGAUUCUCUGGUCAUGGUCAACUUCAGCCCGGAUUUUAUCUCUUGUGUUGACGCUGGACACGAGAAUGGCCUUCCUGACUCUGUCCCGGAGAACGCAAACCUGGGCCAGGUGGUAAAGCACAUCCUCCACAUUGGCAACCUGAUCGGUUUUGACCACGUCGGUUUGGGGUCUGAUUUUGAUGGCAUUCCUACCACGCCUACUGGCCUGGAAGAUGUGUCCAAAUUUCCCGCAUUGGUGACCGAGUUGCUGAAGCAGGGAGUCAGUGAUCAAGAUGUCUCCAAAGUCGUUGGCGGCAACUUGCUGCGUGUUUGGAAAGAAGUCGAUGCCACAGCCGUAAAACUGCAGGCCGCCGGCGAGCCCGUAUUGGAAGACGACUUGCCUAGCCUGACCUUCGAAGGCGCAGAUUCUAAGGAUCCGAAGUCAGGCGCCAAACUUGGAUGGGACAGGCGGUAA